GGUGAUUCUCGUUAUCGGCGGACGGGUACAUCCAACGAAAACGAAGAAAAAAAUGUGUGAACAGUGUGAAACAGCUGACAUAUGUGUAGUAUGUGUGGACGUAUAAUUUUUUAUCGCUGUCAUCGUGUUUCUGGAUUUCAUCAAAAUUCUAGAGUGAAUUACGAAUAAAAUAGUUGAAUAAAACGACGAGAUAAAAUGUCAGGCUACUCGGGACAAGAGAAUUAUUGGACCCAACCACCUCAGGGACAGUAUAACUUCGAAACGUUGGGUUUUGGUCAACCUAACCCACAAUUCGAAUUCCAAACGUACCCCGAAGAACAAGCCGGGGAAUAUUCACCUUAUACACAAAAAUCCUUCUUAGAUCCAACGCAAAAUGCAUACAGCGGUGAAAUGAUGUACCCUGGCGACGAUUUUAAAGCGACGUCCGGUUUUGGAGAAGAAGAUGAGCCGCCACUAUUGGAAGAAUUGGGCAUUGAUCCAGAUAGAAUAAUACAGAAGACUCUUGCAGUCAUGAAUCCAUUCCACAGAAGAGGACAAAUGGAUGAUGCUAAUUAUCUUACACAAGAUUCUGACUUGGCCGGUCCUGUGGCUUUCUGUCUUGCAUUGGCUGGGUUCUUACUACUCGCAGGAUCAAAAGCUCAUUUUGGAUACGUUUACGGACUCGCUGUGACUUCCUGCCUCUUAAUGUAUAUUCUACAGUCACUGAUGAGCAGUACAGGAAAUAUAACACUUGCCUCAGUUGCAUCAGUCCUCGGCUACUGUCUUUUGCCUGUCGUCGCUUUAGCUGGCCUGAGCAUAUUCACAACUCUUCGUGGACCUUUCGGAUUGAUUCUUGCCGCACUCGCUGUCACUUGGGCUACUCUGUCUGCGUCCAGACUCUUUUGCGCAAUGUCUGGAGAAGAAAAACAGCGGCUUCUCAUUGCUUAUCCCUGCGUUUUGCUCUAUGGAGUUUUCACACUCAUUGUCAUAUUCUGAUUUAUAUAAAGGAGAAGUGUUAAAUUUCAACAAAUCACUUAUUAUAAUUGUACAUCCCGUGAUUCGUUUACAAUUGUUCGACCCACAUUAUUAAUAUGAACUUGUAUUUAUGUUCAUAUUCGCUUACUAUUUCUCUACGUCAUCAUGCCUACUCCGAGUUCAACAACAAUGUUAUUUAAACUAUUUGUAAUCGUUUGUAAAUAAAAAAAAAACGCCUUGAAUUGA